UGAUGGGUCUUUUGUGCUACAUGAAGGCAGUACCACAAUUUCCAAUAACAGUGAAGGCAGCAUUACGACGGGGUGCGUGAGGCGUGUUUAGCCGGGCAAGGACCAGAGGCAAGGACACGGCGCUGGAAUGACAUUUGUCCUUUUUCCUCUCUUUUCUGCGGUCUCAGGUUUGUCGAGGUAGAGGGCCCACUGCUGUAGUUGGGAAUCAUCCAGAGCCAUAAAGUCCUAAGGUUGGGAGUCUGUGUGUCUUUGCGGUAUCUUCGGUGCUGUGGGUGAUGGUCAGCUGGUAACUGGGGCUUCCCCUGCUCCUGUGGUGAAUGGCUGUGAGCAGAGGGGGUGCCGCCUUCUGGGUGGGUUGUGUCCGCAGCCAUGGCAGAAGGCAAGCUAUCAGAAAUCAGAGUGGGAGUCUCUGUCAGGCAGUCGACUGGCACUGGAUCCGUCAACCACGCUCCCUGAGCAGUGCAUCAUGGGCCCUGGUGCCCCCCAACAGCCUGAGAUAUCAGAACAUUAGGCAGCCGAUACUUUCCCACCCGUUCCACCAUGCUAGCCAGCCUCAAACGGGAGGUUACUAUGAGGAAGAAUGGGAGGAGUCUCUCAGCGUGUGUGUGCUGGUGCGACAGGGCGAGUCAGACGGCCUCCACACCCUGCUGGAGAUCCCUCUGUUCAGUCACAAUAAACUAGGAGAGCUCCUCGGCAUGGGGGCUCAGAAAUACUCUCAGUUCUCCUUCCCGUUGACCACGGUGGACGGCAGCAGAGAGGAUGACAUCAGCGUUGACGGCUUCAAGAGAAACAGUGUUGAUACUAUAAAGAGAGAACAUGGCUGUUUCAGAAGCCUGUUUGAAGCAGAAAGGUGUCCUGCACCGUUUAUGUACGGCUCUCAGUUUUAUUGUUUUCAUUGCCCAGGCACAGAGCCGGUACCUGGCAGCAGGCUGAAAUCUAGGCAGUAUAUUGGACUUCACAACAAGCCUGUGGAUCUGCCUCUGCUGCCUCACAUCUCUCUGUGUAGCCAUGCAGAGGAAGAGCAUACUGAAAGAGAUAGUGAAAGAGAAAGGAAACUGGCCAUGAUGUAUGAAAGACUGAGGAUAGAGCUUCCACGUUUCUUUUUGAUGAACCAUGAUUACACCAUGUACUCAAAUGAUAUGGAAUUCAUCAAUGGCCUCAUGGAUACCAAGACCAGAGGCCGUACAGUGUACCAGCUUACCCUCUCCCUGUGGCGCUUCCUGUGUCUAUGUUACUACGCCAAGGCUCGGCUGGAGUUGCUGAAGCUCACUAAGCACCUGGAGGACGGGACUAUUAAGGCUCGGUGGAGGAUCAAUGGCCUUCCCUUCCACUCUCUGCUGCUGCGCUUCUACCGUAAAGACAAAUCUCAACUGUACAGGUCAUAUGAUGCAUUCUCUACUUUUUACAUUGGACAAGAUGGACUCAUUCACUGUCAUAAAGUUGAAAAGGUGAUGCCGGAUCAACCUCCUGUCCUGCCCAGAGUGACUACUCUCCUGGCGGGGGCUCUGGUUGCGCUGGGGGUGCAGGAGCAUCGACCAGCUCUCAACCUGCUGCCCCUCAUCUUGUCCUCGCUGCUACAGAGCAGAAACUGACGAUUAGAGGAACAAUGGCCGAUGGAAUCAAGGUUCAUGGGACUCAACAUUCUCAACAUAGGAACACGUUAAAAUGGAUGCAAGAGUUUUAAUUUGAUGAUUAACGCUGCUUUUCCAUGUUUAACCUGAAUACAAUGUUAAACUCAACAUUUCAGAUGUUGCUGAACAUCAGAACAUCCUUCAUGAAGACAGAAACCUCAAAGAUGUAGGUGUGAGGAGGAACAUGUGACGAUGCAAAAGGGUAACACAAAGUCCUGAUUGUGAAUCUCAUGUCUGUACACUAAAAAGAAAAUUCCUGUAUUCUUCAACCUGGGUCUUAAUUGGGUCAACAUAAAUUAUUUCAAAUGUAUGUUUUUAGGUCUGACCCAAAGUAAACCUGAAACCCCUGGAUUAGUUAUUGUAGCUAACUGCAUAUAAUUAUCUUCAGGCAACUUUCCUAUUCAUUGUGCUGGUUUACUUGAAAUAGUUCCAGCACGUAACGAGGAUACGCAUGUUGAUCAGCGAGUUGUUGGAUGUACUUUAGAACUGUGGACAGAGCAAGACUAGCUUCUAGUCUUUAUGCUAAGGUAGGCUAACCGUGUCCUGACUCUGUGGUUAACACACAGACAUGAGAUUGAUACUCAUUUCUUCAUCUUUUCAUUUCCCAACUUAUUCCUUUUAAAUACCCCAUUUCAGUAUCAGUGGCAUCAUGGGGAUCAGUGAUUUCCAACCUCAGCCUGGUCCCAGGGACCAGCAACAGUUUUCAUGAAACUUAACGAUCCUGUUGAGAAAAAACACUCGCCAAAAGGUGAGGAUUUCAGUCAUUUGCAGCAGAGCAGUGGAUUCUGCCUGCCUUUCUCCCUCCAUGGAGGGGUCCCAGCAAACGUAGAAUGCAGUACGCAGAAGAAUACACUACAAGCCGAAUUGUCCAACAGUUUGUCAUCCCAAAAACAAACACCCAUUGCACUGUAACUGUUUCACACAGCUUAAUAAUAUUUAGUGCUUCUGGAAACUGAGCAAUCGAGCAUGCUGUAAGAGUAACUGAGGUAAAGGUUUAUCAGUCAUAUCUGUAUAGAAACAUGACUUGUCAGGUUCUUUGUCGCUUCAUUUCCACAUGUAUUGCUUUAAUAACCCCAUGUGUGAAUUCUGGUUGUGUGAAUAAAAUAAACAUAUGAUAACAA